GAGCCGGGCGCCUGGAAGCGGCGGGCGCGGUGGGGCAGAGCUGAGGCGGCCCGGACCGACCCAGGCGGCGACAGAGUCAUUCCCAAAUGCCUGGAAACUCCUCAUCGGAUUACUGUGUUUUCAGCAGAGUUUUGUGAACGGCCUUUUCUCUUCAACCAGGAAGAAGAUGUGGAAAGCUUCGGCCGGCCACACCGUGUCCCUCAGCCAGGACGACGGGGGAGCCGAUGACUGGGAAACCGACCCCGACUUUGUGAAUGAUGUAAGCGAAAAAGAACAAAGAUGGGGGGCCAAAACUGUGCAGGGAUCUGGGCACCAGGAGCACAUCAACAUACACAAGCUGAGAGAGAAUGUUUUUCAAGAGCACCAGACCCUUAAGGAGAAGGAGCUUGAAACAGGACCAAAAGCCUCCCACGGUUAUGGAGGGAAGUUUGGCGUGGAGCAGGACAGAAUGGACAAGUCUGCCGUCGGCCAUGAGUACCAGUCGAAGCUUUCCAAGCACUGCUCGCAGGUUGACUCCGUCCGGGGGUUUGGAGGCAAGUUUGGUGUCCAGGUGGACAGAGUUGACCAGUCUGCUGUGGGCUUCGAGUACCAGGGCAAGACAGAGAAGCACGCCUCACAGAAAGACUACUCGAGUGGUUUUGGCGGCAAGUAUGGUGUGCAGGCCGACCGCGUGGACAGGAGCGCCGUGGGCUUCGACUACCAGGGCAAGACGGAGAAGCACGAGUCGCAGAAAGAUUACUCCAGAGGCUUUGGUGGCAAGUAUGGUAUUGACAAGGACAAGGUUGAUAAAAGUGCUGUCGGCUUUGAGUAUCAAGGCAAAACGGAGAAGCACGAGUCUCAGAAAGACUAUGCGAAAGGGUUUGGAGGAAAAUUUGGCGUGCAGACGGACAGACAGGACAAAUGUGCCCUUGGCUGGGAUCACCAGGAGAAGUUGCAGCUGCACGAAUCCCAGAAAGAUUAUAAGACUGGUUUCGGAGGCAGAUUUGGUGUUCAGUCCGAGAGGCAGGACUCCUGUGCUGUGGGGUUUGAUUACAAGGAGAGACUGGCCAAGCACGAGUCCCAGCAAGACUACUCCAAAGGAUUUGGUGGAAAAUACGGAGUGCAGAAGGAUCGGAUGGACAAGAAUGCCUCCACUUUUGAGGAUGUUGCCAAGGUGGCCUCCACGUAUCAGAAGACUGUCCCCAUCGAAGCAGUGAACAGCAAAACAAGCAAUAUCAGAGCUAACUUCGAAAACCUGGCGAAGGAGAAGGAACAGGAGGACAGACGGAAGGCGGAAGCAGAGAGGGCACAAAGGAUGGCGAAGGAAAGACAAGAGCAGGAAGAGGCCCGGAGGCAGCUGGAUUUACAGGAGCAAGCCAGAGCCCAGAAACAAACCCCGCCUGCGUCCCCCACUCCGCAGCUGGCUCAGGAGAGGCCGCCUUCAAGCCCUGUCUAUCAGGACGCGGCUUCGUUCAAGGCCGAGCCGAGCUACAGAGGCCCCGUGAGCGAGCCCGAGCCGGAGCCGGGGCCCGAGCCCGUGUACAGCACGGAGGCCGCCGACUACCAAGAGGCCGACAGCCAGCAGGGUCCGGCCUACGCCCCGGAGGCCGUCUAUGAAACCACAGAGGCCCCGGGCCACUAUCAAGCAGAGGAAAGCACCUACGACGAGUAUGAGAAUGAUCUGGGGAUCACAGCCAUCGCCCUCUACGACUACCAGGCUGCGGGCGAUGACGAAAUCUCCUUCGACCCCGACGACAUCAUCACCAACAUCGAGAUGAUCGACGACGGCUGGUGGCGUGGGCUGUGCAAGGGCAGGUACGGGCUCUUCCCGGCCAACUACGUGGAGCUGCGGCAGUGAGCGGCGCUCGCUUCUCGCGCUGCGGAUCAUGCCUGGCUUGUGCUGGGUUUUUCAGGGUGGGGAGGGGAGGAUACAUAUUGCUUUUAUAUUUAAUACUUUUGCUGAUGCUUUUGAAAUGUUUAUGCCACAGAAUUUGCUAAUAUAUUGUAAUCAUGUUCCUUAGGAGGACUUGGGUAAUUGUUUUUCUGCGUUGAAGGUAUUUUCUUUUUUUGCUACAUUGACUCAUGUGGAGCCACUUCAGGGGCGUUUAGUCCUCCGGAGUGCAUGCUGUCCUGGCCCCCAUCCUCGGCAGUCGGGACCCCCGUGACAAAUGCGAGCGAUCUUUCACUGCCUUGCCUGCCGCUCUUUGACGGCCGUGUGGGGUCAGGCAGGAGUCGCUGUCCUCGUCAGGGAGGCUCUCUGGGGUCUCAGAGUUGGGAGGAAGAGGGAAGGGCCUGAUAGAAAGUUAGAACUGAGAGAAAUCGCUAGAAAGUACGAGAGCUUUAAUGUCAGGUGGUGAAGCCUUUCGUACUGUGAAAUCCCAUGGUAUUUGAUGAGUUGUAGCAAAGACCCCGUCUCUCCUGUGUCUCGCUUCUCAUCCCACCCUUGUUCUCUCAUCUCCCCUGACGUCCCGGCCACCGCUCAUCCUGCCCCGCAGUGCAGUGUCACUCUGUCCCUUAAAGGGGACAGUCCCAGGCUGUCCCCCUCCUUGUGUCAGCUCCCGGGUCUGAAGGCCUCGGCUCGCCUGCCCUCGGCUUGCCCGCCCUUGGCUGAUGUCUUGUCGAGGCCCGGGCAGCCGGGGCUGUGUGUCUGUUGUGUGGGCCAGCGGCCCCUCACUGUGGAAAGGCAGGUGCCUUCUCUGUUGUAAACUGCCAGAACGUUCUUCCCGUCAAGGGAGUCAUGCACUUUUUGCCAAAAUAUCAUGUUAAAUGAUGGUAAAAUUUGAUUGAUUGACUUGGCUAAAAAUACAAAGUGAACAAGAGCAAGUGCUCUGACCCAAGACACUCCGGGCGGCUGCUCUCUGGACGCUGGGUGGGAGCGCAUCGCCCCCCGAGAGACCAGGAGGCCCGGUCAGCGUGUGUGCGCACAGGCAGUGUCUUUCCAGAAGAUCAGGUAGCAAUGUCUCAGGUGUUCGGGACGUUAAUGACUGUAUGGAUGUGUUUUCUUUCCUGAAGUGCAUUUCUGCAUACUCCUUCCUUUACCACAAUUAGGUCGGGUUUUAUAUGCAAUUAUUGUAUCUAAAUCUCUGUAGCACACUCAUAGGUAUGAUUUUUUUAAUUAAAUAUUCGAAAUAAACUUUUUUUGAUCCACUGA